AUGACCAAACGAAAGCGGUCUUGCCCCGACGACAUCAGACCGGACAUCUUGCCGCCAGAACAGUCUCUCGGUGGAGAUGCGAGGGAUGCACGAUCUCAUGCUGCUGCCGGUCACGAAGAGGCUUCGGCAAUGGUCGAUGUCUUGCCCGGAAUUACGCGCAAGAUCACGGCCUGCACGGCGUGUCGAAAGCAAAAGAUCAAAUGUGACAUGACUCAUGGGCCUCCGUGUAAUCUUCAUGCCACCCUCAAUGCCGUCUGUCAACAUAUCAAUCUGCCAUUGCCAAAGCCUUUAGUUUCAUUGGACACCAACGUGGACCACGCUGAAUAUGCAGCCAGCGACCACGAGCGAGAUCAUCUGAAUCUCUCAGGCUGUGAAAUCUCUCCCCCUGCUACGCCAUCGGCCGUCCAUGCCCCUAUCGACACAUUCCUCGACAUCGCCAAAUUAGGAAGCCCGGGCUCGUCUAGUCAUAGCCUGCAAAGCGCUCGCACGAAGCAGACCAUUGCCGAUGAUUUCGUCAGCAGGAGAGUUCUCACUGUGACCGUGGCCGAAAGCCUCGUAAACCAGUACCUCACGCGACUCGAUCCGUAUCUGUACGGCAUCUGCAGUGAAUAUCGCAGUCUGCAGCAAUUACAGACCAAAUCUCCCCCUCUCCUGGCAGCCAUUUGCACCGUUGCCGCGCUUCAUGAUCCCCAAGGCCAGUCGCUCUAUGACGCCUGCAAUCGGGAAUUCCGCCGUUUGGUCUCUCGGUCCCUGUUUGAGAAGCAUGAUCCAGAGUACGUGCGUGCUCUCUGCAUCAGCUCCUUCUGGCUGUCCGACGCAUCGCGGAUUCUCUCCAGCGACGCCGUCCGUCGAGCGGCUGAUAUGCGGCUUCAUCGCAGCUUUGAAAAUGUGUCUACUGCCAGUAACGGGUCACUCCCCGGUCAUAGUCCUGCGAUCAUGGUACAGAGAGACCGCGUGCGAUUGUGGUACCUGAUCUUCAUAUCUGAUCACCACUUGUCUGUGCUGCAUAAUCGCGACCCGCUGCUGCGCAGCGACAAGGACAUCGCCAUGCAUUGGGAAACCUUCCUCAACCAUGAUCAAGCCACCGACUCCGACGUGCGUUUGGUCUCGCAGGUGGCCCUUUUGUUGAUCAUGGGGCAGAUCAGGGAUCUCCUCGGCUCCGAGCAGGAGGCCCAAGUGCCGCAAGCCCUUGCGAAUCAAAUCAUGCACUACUCCCGACAGCUGGACAAAUGGUUCACCAAGUUCUCGGUGCUCUUCAAACCCGAUCCGCACAUCGGCGAGUUCCCACGCCGUGGACUCCAGCUGCACUACCAGUUCGGAAAGCUCUACCUCGGCCAUCAAGUAUUCAAGGGCCUCGACGGGCAGCCGAUCCCCGCGUCCUUUGUGGUCGCCGCCUGCAUGGCCCACGAUGCCGCCGUGGCAAUCUUCGAGAUGCUCCUGCAGGAGGAGCAGCAGUUGCAGCAGAACUUGGUCGGCAUGCCGCAUUACUUCCACAUCAUGAUCGCCUUUGCUGGCCAUUUCCUUCUCGAGGUCACCAAGACCUACGCGCUGCAGCUUUCGAUCCUCCCGGACCGCAUCUUCUCGCUGAUUCGCCGCGUGCUGGCCUUGUUCCAGACCACGCCCGGUCUGGCGCAGCAUCCCAUCUCCCGCAUGACUCCGGGUUUGCAUCGCAAACUGUCCGAUUGCAUUGCCAGUCUGUAUCCGCUCCAGAACAGUUCGCAGGACCCCUCGGUCUCUCUGGAUUAUGACCCUCGAGUAGUUGGAAUGCCGCAGCAGCCGUUCAGUUUCCAAGCCGAGUCGUUGGUCACCGCCGUAGACGACUUUCUUCUGACGGACUUUGGCGAGGGGAGUUUCUCAGAAAUGAUGCCGACCCGGGUAUAA